AUGUCCUCCACGAUUCAUCCCCAGUACUUCUGUACUCGUCCUAAUGGCACCUUCACUCCCCUUAUCGCCGUGGAUGAGCUCCCCUCGCAUAUCUCGAUUCGUGGGGCUCCCCGUGUGCUAGCAGCCAGUGAAACCCAAGGAAUGACGAGCCUUGGGAUUGUACAGAUGAGGCCCCAGUCUUAUGUUGUUGAAGGAGUUGGCCCCGCUUCCACUCGAGAGACGUCCACGAGUUCGACCGGACACCGCACCCGUGACUCUGAUUUACAGGCCGCGUUGAUGAGAGUCCUUUCCGAUGAGUGUCUUCCGACAAACGAGCGUCUGGCUAUUACAACGCUGAUACAGCAUGGUCUUUCUCGCGGCAUGUUUACGCCCAGUUCGUCCAGUAACGGUUGGUUGGUGCCUAAUAGUGGUGGUAGUAUUGCUGGCAAUGUGGGUUCUAGACAAGGACCUCACUACAAUACCAAGAAAGAAUACUGCUGCCUUUAUAAACAUGAGAUGCCUGGCGACCCGGCGAUGCUCGAGAAGCUUGGCCUCCGUGACAUCCCCCGCUGGUAUCGUGAGAAGUAUGGCAUUCCCAGCCUGAUACCGAAUGGACAUGUUCAUCCUCGUCACCAAAUCGGUCAUGCUCUGCCACUGACGGACAAUGGGGAUUUCGGAGCGGUCCACAACCCAUCUCGCCUCGGGGCAAACAUCAUCUCGGACAUCUCUGAUUUUGAAAGGGACCCUCAGCAUAAGACUCAUUAUGCAAUUCAACACUCACCAGCUGCACUUCCUGGAUCGUCGCGGCCUGUCUAUGCCGCCGCAGGACCGUCCAGGGCUCAAAUGCCCCAGAGACACGGAGCAAAAAAUUCUUCAAAAAUGGAUCUUUUAUCCUUUGACCCUCUUCCAGAGUACCCCAGCUACACAUCCGUGGAAUCUUCGCCCGGGAAGAUGCGCGCGCUGGCCAACGCAAAUGGCACCGCCGCCUUUGCGAGUGUCAACAGCGAGCGUGAGGACUUCGUCCGCAGUAUACAAUCUCUAAUGCCGACUCCAAUGUCCGGGAGCUCGGAGUACCUGCUGGCCGGUGGUUCUCCCUAUAAGCCUCGUUCCAAGAAGGCACAAAAAUCCCGCCGGUUGUAUCAGCCUCGGCCUGCUAUCCUGAAGCAGGAGUCCGAACCUGAAGCAAGCGAAGUAGAUGCAUUCAGCGGGGAGAGUAGAGGCUAUGGUACUGCUCCGCCGAGCGUUGCAUCUCCCAUUUCCAAGGUUGACCACCCAAGCCCGAACAUCCGGUCUGCCCUAGAUAGCGCGUCCGAGCCGGCUACUCGCGGUGCCACCCCUUUAACCCAGACCGGCACUGCAUCUUCGGACUCGAGUCCCGAUCUUGUCCGCGAUCGACACAAAGAUAAAAAAGAACACAAAGCGACCUUCGGCGCUAUCGGUACCAAGAGAGGGUUCGGUAAGUCGUGUGACGGGUCCUUCGAAGUUGAUCUGUUAGGCCUGGGCACCAAGGACGAUGAUUAAAGCCCGGCCGUCCAACGAAUUCCGCUGCUUGAGUAGUCCUGCACUGCUCGAGCCAAUUUCAAUUAAAUAUGAGACGUAACUAUACAGGGUCUCGAUCCUUCAUGAUAUGAUACACGACACGGCGAGUACUAGUCGAACUAAAUAUACUUACAAAGUUGAUGAGUCCGGCGGGUGUGGAUGGCUCAAGGAUGCCAGGUCAUUAUAUUAUUGCCAUCGGCAUUUAGUUCUCUCUGGUUCUUAUCUGUGCCCAGACCAGAUGUCUCUCCUUUCGUUCAUGAUCUAGGUUGGAAAGGGAAGGAGUGGUCGUCAGGAUACAUACAACCGGCGCAAGGCGCGGCGGAAUGUCAAAAUUUCAUUAUCGACGUCCUGUGCUGAAGGGUUCUCGGUGGUGUGUUUUGUCUUCUGUCCUUUGAUUCUUUUACAUGUGCUAAUUAUGAGUUUCGAUUUAUGUUGUCUUCUCUUCUUUUCCGUGUGUUUUUACUACCUUUGCUUGCU